AACUGUAUACUUAAUUGUUUUAUUUGAGUUAAAAUUGCAAUAGAACCGGAAAUAUGAAUGAAUUUAAAGAAAAUUAGUAAAGCCAAUCGCAAUACUUCUAAAACUCACGUGUUUAAAGCUAAACAAAACCUUAAAGGAAAAGGAUUUUUUAUAUUUUUCUUAAUUUGUUUAUCAUACAACUUGCGGUACAACUUAGUUGUAAAAAGCAAUGGAGAAAGAAUACGUUUUAUCAGAAAAACCAAGUCACGAUGAGAUUAAAAAACUUAAAAGCACGGUAGUUCGAAGAUCAAAAAAACCGUUAAACCGGAGUUCAGGUAGCAAAGAACUGAGACAAUCGAUUAACGGAAUCACAACAGGAAUUGAUGAUUUUCAGUUUGAAUCUUCUACAAGAACUAAGCCAUCUGGGUGUACCUUGAAGCGAUCGAAAACAUUUAACAAAGAUCUUCACCAUCAUAAACCGAUAAUAAACGACAGAGAAAUUCUUAAACAGUACGUCAUUAAUUUGCAUAAUAUAGAUGUUGACAAUUUUGCAACAGAAAAAAUUAAUGAACUAAAUAAUGGUAAGUUUUUGUUGCAUGAUGCCAUCGAAAAGCAGAGUUUAAGAGAUUUAUCGAUAUAUUUGUUAAAGCACCGCGAUGAAAUAGAUAUUGAAGAACGAAAUAAUGAAGGACAGACUCCUCUUGUUUUUGCUGUUGCAUUAGAAUUGAUAGAUGUUGUAAAACUUUUAAUUGCAGCCGGGGCUUCAGUUAAUUCUGUAGACAAUUAUGGAGUUUCAGCGCUUAAAUAUGCAGUAGAGUUAGGUGACUUUGAUAUUGCUAGUUUGUUAAUUUCGAAAGGUGCGAAUGCACAAUCUGUUGAAAACGGACUUUGAAAUUAACCUACUAUUCUAUAUUGUUUAGUAUUUUUUAUAUUCCUCAAGUUUUUUUUUUUUUUUUGUUUUUUUUUUUACCAAAAAAUGUUUUUUUAAGAGCGAUGUUUUUUUCUUUUUUUCUUUUUUUUUUUGUAUUUUUAAUUCUCUUUCAGUUUUAUUAAAAAUUUUUUUUUUUUGAUUGGCAUACGCUUAAAGAAAAUAACCAAAGCAAAUAGUAGUAAUAUUGGUAUUCUGAGGGACUGGAAACCGAGCUUGAAAUUUAUUUUAACGAGUUAAAUAUUUUUUAUACCGCGUGAAAUUCUUAAACUAGUUUCACACCUCAUUUUCUCAUAACUUUUCCGUUUUUAAAACUGCUUUAUGUUUAGUAAUUUAAGUUUUAUUUUUGAGCUCUUUAAUUGACUGCUUUCUAUUGAGUUAUUUAUUUAUAAAAGGAAUCUAAUGUUUUAAUUAUGACAGUAUUUGUUUUUUUUAAUUUAAUACAAAUUUUAUAUAUUUUUGACCUUACGAAACUGUUUUGUAUAUACAUAUAUAUAUUAUUCUUUCAUAAAAAAAAGUUAGUAUUAACUUACUAACAGUAAUAUAUAUUGCAGAAAAUAUCUUUGAGAAAUGUAAAUUUUAUUUAUAUGACGAAGCAUGUAGUUUAUUUCAUUGUUUUCAUAAUCUAAAAUUUUUAAAAUUAUUUAGGUUUGUGAAAAAAAAAAAAGAAAGAAAUAAAAGUAUGCAGAGCUGAUACGGGUUUUACGCUUUUUUUUGUGACUUAGUUUUAAGGGGUUUUUUAGUUUUUAACGCGUUUGUUCAACGUCUCAAUGUAAUUGCUUGUUUUCGAUUGUUUAUUUGAUAAAUUAAUGUUUCAAAUAUUAAGCA